CUGGCCAUGCCUUUAUGUAUCAAUCAUGAUGACACAUCCUCCUGAUCAUAUAUAUGUCAAAAUACACAAGAAGUCAAUUCAUAACCUCUCUCUCUCUCUCUCUCUCUCUCUCUCAAGCUGACCAAAGGUUAAGGUAAGAGCGAUGGAGGGAAAGCAGCAGCAGCAGCAGCAGCAGAGGUUCCUACAUGGAACACUUGAAGUUAGUAUCUUCCAUGCCACACCUUACACACCACCUUUCCCCUUAAAUUGUAUAAUUGCAAAUGGAAAGCUCACCUAUGUGACUAUCAAGAUAGACAAGAAGAAGGUGGCAACAACCACCCUGGAAAGUGACCGUGUUUGGAACCAAACAUUUCAAAUCCUCUGUGCUCAUCCAUCUGAUUCCACAAUCACCCUUACAAUGAAAACAAAGUGUUGUGUUUUGGGGAAAAUACAAAUCCAAGCCAAUCAGAUAAUGAGUGAAGUAAGUUUGAUGAAUGGUUUCUUCCCACUCAACAUGGAAAAUGGAAAGCCAAACACACAACUCAGACUCAGGUUCAUGUUAUGGUUCAAACCGGCAGAGUUGGAACCGUCCUGGGGAAAAUUACUAGCCAAUGGCGGAUUCGAGGGUAUGAAGAAUGCUACGUUUCCUCAGCGAUCCAAUUGCAGUGUUAGGUUGUAUCAAGAUGCUCACCAUCGACCUACAUUCCGGCCACCAUUUGAUCUCUGUGGGGGUCCAAAAAAACUUUGGGAGGAUGUAUACAAAGCCAUUGAGAAUGCAAAACAUUUCAUCUACAUUGCAGGAUGGUCUUUCAAUCCAAAGAUGGUGCUGGUUCGCGACCCUCAAACAGACAUUCCACAUGCCCGAGGAGUAAAGCUUGGAGAACUGUUGAAGAGAAAGGCAGAGGAAGGUGUAGCUGUGAGGCUUAUGAUUUGGGAUGAUGAAACUUCUUUACCAAUCAUCAAUAACAAAGGACUGAUGGGAACUAAUGAUGAAGAUGCCUUUGCCUACUUCAAACACACCAAAGCAAUCUGCAGAUUGUGCCCCCGAUUACACCACAAGUUCCCCACAAUCUUCAGUCAUCACCAGAAAACCAUAGUUGUCGACACUCAAGGAUACUCCUCUUCGUCAAGCAACCGUGAAAUCAUGAGCUUUGUUGGUGGAUUAGACCUCUGUGAUGGCCGAUACGAUACAGAGGAACACUCGCUCUUUCGAACGCUUAACACAGAAUCACAUUGCCACGACUUCUACCAAACAAGCCUUGCCGGAGCUAGCCUUCACAAAGGCGGGCCUAGAGAGCCGUGGCACGACACUCAUGCUUGUAUUGUUGGUGAAGCUGCUUGGGAUGUUCUCAAGAAUUUCGAGCAAAGGUGGACAAAGCAAUGUGAUCCUUCAUUACUAGUCCCUAUCAGCACCAUCUCAGAACUCCGUCGUCAGUCCAUUCCAACAAGCAUUGCUAAUGAAAGGGAUUGGAAAGUUCAAGUCUUUCGAUCAAUCGACCACAUGUCAGCAACCCAAAUGCCGAAAAACUUUACUAUUGAAAGGAGCAUCCACGAAGCUUAUGUCGAAGCAAUAAGGUGUGCCGAGAGGUUCAUAUAUAUUGAAAACCAGUAUUUUAUAGGAGGAUGCCAUAUGUGGGAAAAAGAUCGAAAUUGUGGGUGCAGAAACUUGAUUCCAGUUGAGAUUGCACUUAAGGUUGCAAAUAAAAUCAGAGCAAAAGAGAGGUUUGCAGUAUAUAUUUUGAUCCCAAUGUGGCCAGAAGGAGUGCCAGAGAGUGAACCUGUUCAGGAAAUAUUGCAUUGGACUAGAGAAACAAUGGUGAUGAUGUAUAAAUUGAUUGGAGAAGCAAUAAGACAAAGUGGCAAAAAGGGACACCCGAGAGAUUACUUGAACUUCUUUUGCAUUGCUAACAGGGAAGAGAAGGGUAAAGGGGAGUUCAUUCCUCCAUAUUGUCCUCAUCCCACAACACAAUAUUUGAAUGCUCAAAAGCACAGGAGAUUCAUGGUUUAUGUUCAUUCCAAGCUCAUGAUUGUGGACGACACAUACAUGUUGAUAGGAUCUGCAAAUGUGAACCAACGAUCCAUGGAUGGACAACGAGACACUGAAAUUGCAAUAGGAUGCUACCAAUUCAGAGAUGGUGAGAAACAGAUUGAUCGCGGAGAUAUUCAUGCAUACCGGAUGUCACUGUGGUAUGAGCAUACGGGAGGAAGAGCUGAAAAACUGUUCCAAGAGCCUCACGCCUUGGAAUGCGUUCGAAGAGUACGUUCCAUAGGAGAUCAGAUGUGGAAAAUUUACCUUGGAGAGGAAGUUAUAGAUAUGGAAGGUGUCCAUUUAGUUGCUUACCCUGUCAGUGUGACCAGUGAUGGUUCUGUUGAAGGUCCAGCGGAGGGUAGCGGUUACUUUCCGGAUACAAAAGCUCUAGUUAAGGGGAAGCGAUCGAAAUUUCUACCUCCUGUAGUCACCACAUAGUUACAAAGAUUGUUUAGUUUCAAAUUCAU